CCUCAAGAUUUCUGGCACAGAGUUUGAGUUCUAAGAACGAGAAGAAGAAGCUAUAACGGUCCGUCUUCUUAGAAUCUCGGGCACAUUGGUAUAUUGCAGACUUAAUUUAUUUAUCUAAAAUAGCGGACCUGAACAGUCGAUCGUCAUGACUGUCGUUGGCUGCAACAAGUGUGUCAAAUUCAUGCUCUUUUUCUUUAAUUUCGUUUUCUGGUUGGCUGGAGGUGUGAUCUUGGGAGUGGCUCUAUGGCUUCGUCAUGACAACCAGACCAGCAGUCUUCUCAUGCAGCAGUUUGAAGGCCAGCAGGCUCCAAACACCUUCUAUACCAGCGUGUACAUCCUGAUUGCUGUGGGAGCUGUGAUGAUGAUUGUAGGGUUCCUUGGUUGCUAUGGUGCCAUCCAGGAAUCUCAGUGCCUCCUUGGAACGUUCUUCUUCCUGUUGGUGUGCCUCUUCGCCUGUGAGGUGGCUGCUGGGAUCUGGGGAUUUAGUAACCGUGACACAAUCUCCAAGGAGAUGAUAAACUUCUAUGACGCGGCGUACAUCAAGUCUGUGGACGUUGUAGACUCUUCCAGCAAAACGGCUGCUAUCAAAGUCCUGGAGGUGUUCCACGAGACGCUGGACUGCUGUGGUAAAGGAGACGACUCCCCCUUAUUCAAACAAGUAGCCGGAGCUCUGUGUCCCAAGAAGACCCAGGACGAUGCCUUGUUGAAACCUCAGAGCUGUCAUCUGAAGCUGAAGGACCUCUUCUCCGAGAAGCUCUGCCUGAUUGGUCUAGCUGCCCUGGUGGUCGCUGUCAUCAUGAUCUUUGAGAUGAUAUUCACCAUGGUUCUCUGCUGUGCGAUCCGCAACGCCACCCCAGUGUACUAGAACCACAGAACCGUAAUUUACCACAGAACCAUGGAAUGACGGAACCAUGGAAUCAUAGAACCACAGAACCAUAUUGGAGGGGAAAGUCCUCUACAGAUCAAAGCCAACAAAGGGGAUGCAAAUGUUAUGUUAUGUUUUGUUUAGUUCCUGUUAUGUUUUGUGUUGUACUUCCUGUUUUGUGAUGUAGUUUCUGUUUUCUGUUGUAGUUCCUGUUAUGUUUUGUGUUGUAGUUCCUGUU